ACAUUACAGGGACAACAUGAUCGCCUUCCUUUUAUUCUCUAUUGUUAAAGUCGCUAUUACAUGUAUCCCAACUCAAGAAGUUGAACCUAUUGACCCAGUCAGCACUACUACAACGACAUCUUCUACAACCACCACAACUACUACAACUACAACGACGGAAGCAACUACAACAACUCUAACAUUAGCUCCGAACCCCUGCACAAUGUGUGCUCCAAUUUACAAUACUGGAUGCAUGGGAGUUGGAAUGCCAAGUCCCACAGAUUGGUGUGUUAUUGGAGAUGAUAUUCCCGUUACUUAUUCACUUGUAGAUGAUGGUGCAGGACUUAUUAGUUGCGAAACGACAUUACAAUGCCCAACUGGAACAUUUGCUUAUUUUGUAGCAGGAACCGAAAUGCAAGGAAGCAACGGAGGCACUGAUUCAUACACAGUCAGCUGCGAAGAAUCGGGUGGUUUUUAUAUUGGAAUAUGGCGGUUAGUAAUUGGUGGGAUACCUACUCCAAUUACUCAAGCAACAUGCAGAAACAUGUAGAAGUGCACAAAUAUUGAUGGUACUUUAUGAAAGUUUCAAGAUGUUAUGGUUCAAUAUUUCUAAAAUUAUACAAGAUAUAAUAAAUAUUGAUAUUGAUGUCUA